AGCUCACCAGGACAGGUACAUUCUAUUACGUCAUGACGAAUAUGACGGAGAAACCCUAUCCCCUCUGAAACGUCAAUAGCGACGUUAACAUAAGCAUUAGGAGGGCGUUUGAACGUGAAAGGGUGCACUUGUCUUCUAGCUCGCCCAUUCAGUUAUUCAAUGUUGGCCAACCUAACCUUGCUAUGUUACGGCAUCAUAUGACCCACGGCUGAAUAGCUUUACUGUCAUCCGAUUCCUUAGUCCACUGUGGUUUGUAGGCGUUAGUCUUGCCUCCAUCCAAGGCCGAGUGCGAGCAGCAUGAAGGCCUUUCCCGGCUUACUACUCCUUACGGCAGUCUUAACAUGGAUACCAGGAUCUAUAUGCCAGGAUGAGGCCAAAGCCUUAAAGGCGUCCCUCUUGUCCAACUAUGACAAAAGUUUGCGGCCGGUCAAGUCAGCGUCUACAGCUGUGAACGUGGACUUCGACAUCUCCCUGAAGCAGAUUAUUGAACUGGCGGAGAAAGAGCAGACAUUCCGAAUCAACAUUUGGCUGCGUCUGUACUGGGAUGAUGAGUACCUGACCUGGAACGCCUCAGAACACGGUGGUGUGGAAUCAUUGACCAUUCAUUCUUCUGAUAUUUGGAGGCCCGACAUCUUCCUUUACAACAACAUCGCCGAGACGUACGGUGCCAUAGACACCAUCACUGACGUCACCGUGACCAGUGCAGGAAGAGUGUCGUACCUCCAGCCCGCCAUCUUCACCAGCGCAUGUCCAGUGGAUAUUUCAAGGUUCCCUUUCGACAAGCAGGAAUGCAUUCUGGAGUUUGGGUCUUGGGUCUACACCGGCAAUCUGCUGAACAUCUCCCUGGUGAACCCAUACGCAGACCGCGCUAUCUUCACCCUGAAUGAAGAAUGGAUCCUGCAUGGAGUGCCAAUGGAAAGAAAGGUGGACAUCUAUCCCUGCUGUCCCGACCCCUACGUCACUGUCCACCUUACCAUGCAACUGGAGCGUCGGUCCUUCUUCUACAUGUUCAACAUGGUUGUACCCUGCGCCAUCCUGAUGGUACUGAACGUGUUCGGCUUCUACAUCCCCCCUGACAGCGGGGAGCGGCUGGGUUUCUUCAUCACCAUCCUGCUGGCUCUCGUCGUCUUCCUGCAGGUUCUGUCGGACUCUCUGCCCAAAACUUCAACAACUACUCCUCAGCUUGGCCAGUUCUUCGCCGCCACCAUCGCGCUGGUAGGCUUCUCGUGCCUGGCCUCCAUCGUGGUGAUCAGGAUGUCCUACAGCAGCCCGCCCUCCCGCCCGCUGCCCCGCUGGCUCCGUCUGAUUCUGCUGCGCUACCUGGCUCGCCUCUUCUGUAUGAACACCAUCGCGGAGGAGAAACACGUGGUUCAUCCCGUCAAAGACAAAGAGGGGUUCGACAAUGUUUCGGAUAAGGAGACUAUCCAGCAGAAGGACACGCCGAAUCUCGCGCUUGAUCUUUCUCUGCGUGAGAUUGUACGCUACAGCCGGGAAUACUCAGCACAAACCCGAGAGAAGAAAGAAGAAGAGGAAGAUCAGGACGAGUGGAAGAUGGCGGCUCUUGUGCUGGACAGGGCGCUGAUGUUCGCUGUUGGAUUGGCAACGAUUAUCGUUUGUUUGGUGUUACUCCGCUAAACUCCCGUAAUCAUGACAGAAGCAGGCAGGUAUUUUAAGCUAAGGGCACAACCCGCCGUACGUACAAUUUGUUCAGGCUGUACAGGGCAGGCG